GAGAGUUUGUUGUUGUCUUGUCGUUCUCGUUAUCGUAAGUUUCGCCUCGUCGUGAUUUCUUGUAGUUAUCUUUUCAUGUACCCAUCCCAUUAUGGAUUGCUAUAUUCCCAGUUACGUUUGUUUUUUAUUCGAAUUUGUAAGAAAUACUCAAUUAAGUGAAGAGUAGUGUUUAUUGUACUCGUAUCUCACGCUCUCAAAGCUUAAUCAAUACUCAAUGAAAUCAUGGAUUCUACUGAUCAAAAUCCUGUUCUUCAUAUCAUUGUAGUCGGAUUCCACCACAAAAAGGGAUGUCAAGUUGAGUAUGCCUUUCCUCCGCUAAUUCCAGGAGGCUCAUCAGAGUCAAAUGAAUGUCCUGCGGGUUGGAAAUACCUACCUACUCUAGCCUUGCCUGAUGGAUCACAUAAUUUUGAUGAAGACACAGCAUUUUUCCACAUCCCAAGUCUCCAUAAUCCGAAUCAGACAGUGUUUGGAAUAUCGUGUUUUCGACAAAUACCUGUUGAGAAACUGAAAAAUCGGACCUCAGACUUAACUCGAGGCACUGUGCAAAAAUCCGUGUGUGUCCUGAGUCUCCUGCCUCUUUAUGGGCACAUUCAAGUAAAAAUGUCUUUGAUCACCCACGCCUAUUUCGAAGAAGGGGAUUUCACAAAGGUCUCGCUCCUGCAGGAUACUUACCACCAUCUAAAUUCUUGCCUUCUUCAAGUUGAAAAUCUUUACGAAUCUCCUCAGUUGUACGUGGGUCUGUCAGUUCGAGACUUCAUUCUUCGAUUUCGGCACAAAGCACUCCUGUUGUUCAAACUUCUUUUGCUUGAAAGGCGAAUUGUGAUGUUUUGCUCUCCUGUCCAGCCUCUUUGUUCCACUAUUUUAUCUCUACUGUCCCUUCAUCCGGGCAUGAUUGAAAGGGGUCUUGCCCAGUCAGCAUGCAUCAGGCCGUCACGUCCAAUGUCACCUUUACCAGUCUACUCUAAAGGAGAAGAAAACAAAGAUACUCAGGAAAAAAUUGUGAAUUCUAAUGAAAAUGAAAGUAACUCGGCAUUAUUUGCAACUGGCUGUGAUAGUAUUAAUGAAAUGCACGAUGAUAAUGCCGACGAUCCCUUAUCCAAAAUAGUUGAAAGUAAAUUCAAUCAAACGAUUCGAAAUAAUAGAAUGUCAGCAGAUAAAAUUAGCAUAGUUGAAUCUUCAACACGGAAUGGGAAAAACAUAAUUGAAAAAGUGACCGAAGCUGACCUCGAGUAUGUCAGCAGUAAAAUCGUCGAAAAUUGUUCUCAAACGAUUGUAGAAAGUGUAGAUAACCAUUCCUCUAGUGUCAUCAGUGCAGAUGAAGAUGGCGAUGUCCUGGUAGAAAACAAUAUUAUUUAUGAAGAUGAGUUGGCAAUUAGUUCAUCUGUUCUCCCAGAUGUUGUUUCCAAUUCAUAUUCUGCAGCGGCCAAAGUAAAGAAUCACGACUUGGAUAAUGAUCUCGCUGACGAUCCUAUGGAUGCAUUUGAUGCUACUUACCAGGCAACCACCAGUGAAUCCAUGGGAAAUCUGCCAAGGGAUUUCAGUAUAGAUGUACUGAGAGAAACUGCUAUUCAAGAUAAUCUUGCCACCAUAGCACAAAUUGAUAAUAACUCAUGUGGAGUUCCUCUGUCAAUUUUCACUGAGGGCUGCCUGUGUUUACCCUACCUGUCAUUGCCGUACAUGGAUGUGCUUGGAGAUGAUAAUGUACGAGGUUAUAUUAUUGGUGCAACAAAUACUCUUUUCAAGCAGAAAAGACAGCUUGCGGAGAUUUUAGUAGAGGUGGAUGAAGCUAAAAUAGAAACCAAAAAUCCAGAUUUAUGGAGACUCUUACACCUCUCAACGGAAGAUUUAAGAUUUGCAGACUAUCUAGUGCGACAUGUUGCUGAUGAGAAACAUGAUGUUUUCCUCGAUGGCGUUGGUUGGGAGGGUGGCGAUGAGUGGAUUCGAUCUCAAUUUAAAAGUUAUCUUCUUUGUUUGCUACGUACCUCCCUGCUUCCAGCUGGCUCGAAGGAAAUAGAUCACUUUAAUGCAGCAUUUGUAAAUGCCUGGUGUGAAACUAAGAGCUACAAGCAAUGGUUGCAAGGCAAUCAUGAGGCAAUUUACAGUCUGAAUCCAGGUCAUCCAUUUAUCGGACAACUCUCUGUUGCAGAUGUCAAACUUCGAUUUUCUCACACAAUGCAAAUAACGGAAGGCGGACGGAAAUUGAAUGCUGCUGUGCAAAAUACAAGUCGAGUUGUCGCAACAACGGGAAGAGCUGUUGGGGGUGCAAUCACGCAAGCCACAGGUGCCUUUAGUAGCUGGUGGAAUAACAUCACCACUGCUCAACAGAUGACAAAUGCGGAUGACAAAACUAUUGUUGCUGAAGAUAUAUAAACUCUUGGGAUUUAUCUAAAGCUUAAGCAGCUUUUGUCUGGUUUUCUUUAAGAAAAAUUGCUUUUACCAAAUAACCGAGGAAAUGCUUGCAAGUUUAUUUGGAAGAAUCAAGUCCAACUUGUUCUCUCUACCUAGAUGUAACCGAAGAAGACUGAGAACCCAUUGACUUAAGAUUUAAUAAAUCCUAUAAAUCCUAUAUACUCAUUUCCUGAAGUUAAAAUUCGAAAAACUAGGCAUGUAUUACAGGUUCUUUCAGGAAAGAGGAAGCAAAAUGGAGUGAAAAUCAUUUCAUAUUCUUGAUGUAUUGCUGUCAAACUCAUGAAAAUUGCAAAAUCAUCAAAAAUUAGGAUAAUCUGAGGUUAAUGUAUGUUUGACCGUACAAUAAUACGAAAAUACCGAAACAAAGCAAUAAAUUGGCGUACAAAAUAA